AUGGAAUUUGGUGAUUUUUCUAGACUACUUUCAGAAGAAGAUGAAUUAGUUUAAGUAUCAAAAGCAUAUUUAGAAUAAUUAAUUCUAAAAAAUUAGCCACCUUAAGCACUUCCAGUUGAAAAAAAAUCCUGUAAAAAAAUUGUAAUAAAAUAAACCGCCAAGAAAUAAAAAUCAUAUUAAUUUGCUGAUGUUCACUAAUGGACAACAACAUAAUUUGAUUGGGAUACAAAAGUAUUAGAAGCAUUAAAAGGAGGAUUUGGUAAAGAAUAAUUUAAAGCAAAUUAAAAAGCAAUAAUAAAUUGUGUUUUAGCAGGAAAAGAUGUUUUUGUUUGUAUGCCUACAGGAUAUGGUAAAAGUAUAACAUUUUAAAUACCAGCUUAUGUAGAAAAUGGUAUAAAUAAAUAAAUUUGAUAAAUAGGUGUAUCAAUUGUUGUAAUGCCAUUGAUAUCAUUAAUAUUUGAUUAAGUAUAAUAUUUAACAAGUCUUGGUAUACCAACAUUAAAUAUGAGUGGUUCAAAUAAAUUAUUAACAGCCUAAUAAAUUUUGGACUAAAAAAUAAAGUUAAUUUAUACUACUCCUGGUAUUAUAUUAAAUUCAAAUUAGAAAAAAUUGAAAAAUCAGAAUAAUUUAAAUUAAUCUUAAGUGAUUUAUUUAAUAGAAAAUUAAUAAAAAGAUUUGUAAUAGAUGAAGCACAUUGUGUAAGUAAAUGGGGAAGAGAUUUUAGACCAGAUUAUUUAAAAUUAAGUAAUGUUAGAAAUGAAUAUCCAAAUAUUCCAAUUAUAGCAUUGACAGCUACAGCACCAGAAGAAGUUAAAGAAGAUAUCAUUGAUGUACUAUAAAUUAAAGGUUGUUUGUAUUUACAAUCUUCAUUCAAUAGACCUAAUCUAAUAUAUGAAGUAAGAUUGAGAGAAGAACUUAAAAAAGCUGUAUAAGAAAUUAAAGAAUUCAUUAAUUCAACAUAUCCAAAAUAAUCUGGUAUUAUAUAUUGUUUAACUCAAUCUGAAUGUUAAACUUUAUCAUAAAAUCUUAAUUAUCAUGGUUUAGGAUCAGACUUUUAUCAUGCUGGUCUUACUGAAAAAGAAAGACAUAGAAUUCAUAAAAAUUGGUUAAUGAAUGAAGUACAAGUUAUUGUUGCAACUGUAGCAUUUGGUAUGGGAAUUGAUAAAAAAGAUUGCAGAUUUGUUAUACAUUAUUAAAUGCCAAAAUCUAUUGAAAAUUAUUAUUAAGAAAGUGGAAGAGCUGGAAGAGAUGGCAAAUAAGCACAUUGUUUAUUAUUUUAUAAUAAUACUGACUAUAAAACUAAUUUAGUAAUUUUAUUUAUAUCACUUAUAUAGUAUCUCAUGGAUUAAAAUACAGAAAUGACAGCUUAAAUGAAAAAAUAUAAUGUUAAAAAAUUGGAUUAAAUGUAGUAAUUUUGUUAUGAUCGAAUUUCAUGUCGAAGAGUCUUACAAUUAUCAUAUUUAGGUGAAAAUUUUGAUCCUGCAUUAUGUAACAAAAAAUGUGAUAAUUGCUAAAGAGAUGAUGAAAAUGCAGAAAAAAUUAAUUUAACUAAUGAAGCACUCAAAAUUCUUGAUUGCUUAGAAAAAUAUCCAUUAACUGAAAAUUAAUUAAUUUAAUGUUUAAAAGGACAAGAUAAAAAGAAAUCUAAUAAUUCAUAAAAAAAUGCUGAAUAAAUUUUUGGAUUAUUUAAACAUAACACUCGUUAUAUUAGUCCUUUAUUAGAUUAAUUAAGAGCUUAAAAUGCCUUAAGCCAAAAAGUAUAAUGUUACAAUCUCAAAGGCAAUUUCCAAAAUAAAGUUGUCUACUUAACUCCUAAUACUCAAACAUCUAUUAAAAGUGUUAUAGUAACCAUUCCUAAAGAAAAAGAUAAAAGAACAUCUGUUUUAGAUUAAAAAAGUAAUGAACUUUUUAAAAAGUAUUUAUCAAAAGAAAAUAAUAAUUAAAAUAAUAAUGGAACUAAUGUAUAAAUUAAUUAAAAUUUUUAUUAAAAAGAAUUUACAUGGUAAAAUGGUACUAUAUAAGAAACUGAAUAAAAAAAAUUGUAAUAUGAUAAACAGUAUGGUUAUUGCUUAGAAAGUCAAUUUAAUGAUUUACGUGAAAGAUUGAUGUUAGUACGUAAAAAUAUUUAUAAAGAAAUGACAAAUGAUGCUACAAAUUAGAUUAUCAAUAUUGAUUUAGUUUUAUCAACUGAUGACAUUGAAGAAUUAUGUAAAAAACUUCCUACUACUAUGAAUGAAUUAAAUGAUUCAUUCAUUUGCAUAGCUUAGGAAAUUAAAAAAUUACAAUAUAUGAAACAUUUUAUAGAAGAAGUUGCACAUUUUGUAGACAUUGAAGAAAUCAAUAAACAAAUGUUUGAAAAACGUAUAUAUAUAUUAUAUCUUUAAUUAUAGCUAAAUAAAUUGAAACUCAGGUUGAUUAAGUUUUUGAAUUUUAAAAACAUAUAAGAUAAGAUGAUGAUGUUGUUGAUAUUACUAAUUAAAAAUUGAUUGGUAAAAUAUAUCAUUUAAGAUUUUAGCUUAAUAAAAAGAGGUUGAUGAAUUAUUAAUAAACGGUUAUGAGCAUGAUGAUUUUAUAGAUGGAGUAUAAAAUAUUUUAAAAUUUUUUAGUUAUUAAACUUAAUUGAGGAAGAUGAAAAUAAUAAGUCUCCUGAUAUUCUUAUUAUAGAUGAUGAUAAUAUUAAAAAUGAUUUUGUUAAUAAUAAAAAACCUCAAAAUUAACAAACCACAAAUUUAGAACCUGUUCAAUAAAAAUAAAAUUAAUAAGAAAAAUAAACUGAUAAAAUUGAAAAUAAUUAACAAUCAAAAAAGCUAAAAAUAAAUUUAAAAAGGUCAUUUUUAUGA